AUGGAGUUGAAGCACUUCAUCCACGAACUGUGCCUGGACCCCAGACAUACCAAAUGGAUUGCGCCGCUUCUUAUCGUAGGCGAUGCCUUCCUGUGUGCUCUUAUCAUCUGGAAGAUCCCAUAUACUGAGAUCGACUGGACGACAUACAUGCAGCAGAUAGCGCUUUACAUAUCUGGCGAACGUGACUAUACCCUGAUCAAGGGAUCCACUGGACCCCUUGUAUACCCGGCCGCCCACGUAUAUAGCUACACAGCACUCUAUCACCUAACAGAUGAAGGCCGAGAUAUUCUUUUCGGACAGGUAUUAUUUGCUGUCUUCUACCUUGUCACGCUAGCGGUUGUGAUGGCUUGCUACAGGCAGUCAGGGGCUCCUCCGUAUCUCUUUCCUCUUCUUGUCCUUUCCAAGCGGCUCCACAGCGUCUUUGUUUUGCGCCUUUUCAAUGAUGGCCUUGCAGCCUCUGCCAUGUGGAUAGCGAUUCUGCUCUUCCAGAAUAAAAAAUGGACGGCUGGUGUUACAGCCUGGUCUGUUGGGGUUGGCAUUAAGAUGACGCUACUGCUCCUUGCGCCAGCCAUUGCAGUGGUAACUGUGCUCAGCCUUUCCCUCGUCCCGAGCAUUCGACUUGGAAUACUAGCAUUGAUCAUCCAGGUUCUACUAGCGAUUCCCUUCCUACAGGGUAACCCUACAGGGUACGUCGCGCGGGCCUUUGAGUUAACUAGACAGUUCAUGUUCAAGUGGACUGUCAAUUGGAGAUUUGUGGGUGAAGAAUUGUUUCUAUCCAAACAGUUCUCUUUGGUCUUGCUAGGUUUGCAUAUUUUUCUGCUGGGAUUAUUUGUUGCCACAGACUGGUUACGACCGUCGGGAUCUAACCUCCCUGGCUUCCUCCGGAACCUCCUCCGAGGACGCCAACGCACCGUUGUCCCUUCAUUACCAAUUCUUUGCCUAUCUCUCCUGGCUACGCCUUACCUUCUCUGGCGGGCUGGGUUCCAUCCAAUCCCUAUAUAUGCGAUCUGGGCGUUGCAGGAGUGGGGUUGGAAUGUCUACCCAAGCACCAAUGCCAGUUCUUCGGUCGUUGUCUUCUCACUUGCUGUUCAGGUUUGCGGUGUCCUCUUCAAUAAUAGAAAUGCACUGAGCGAUGCGUCCCCGAAGCGUAACGCAAAGGAGCACAUCCAGUGA